UUCGACAAUCUGUGUACACACAAACUCUAGUCAACACCUUCGUUUCAUCUGCCAAUUCUCAUCCAUUCCCAAAUCAAAACCCCAUCAAAGUAACCAAUCUUUUCCCUUUACCUAAUAUCCAUGGCUGAAAUCGUUGCUACUGCUCUCAUCAGUGUGCUGUGUGAGAAACUCAUCUCUGUUGACUUGAUGAAGCUGGCACGAUCUGAAGGAAUUGAUUCCCAGAUGAAAAAAUGGAAGAAGACCUUGCCCAUGAUCCAAGCUGUGCUUGCUGACGCAGGACAAAAGCAGAUAAAAGAGAGAGCCGUUCAACUGUGGCUCGACAAUCUCCAAGAUUUGGCUUACGACAUAGACGAUGUACUCGAUGAUUUGGCUACCGAAGCAAUUCAACGCAAGUUGGAUCGGGAAUCUGAUGCCGACACUAACUCCAUUUCCAGCACUAGUAAGGUAUUCAAGUUCAUCCCAACUUGUUGUACUAAUUUCAGUCCUAGGUAUGGUCGUCGGUUGAGUUCUACGAUAGAUGAGAUUACCACAAAAUUGAAUGAUCUUGUUGAGGUGAAAAACGGUCUGGGUUUUGUUGUAAAUGUGAACGUUGACAUCGCAAAUAGAACUGAGAGACGAUUGGAGCAAACUUCACUGGUUGAUGAGUCCAAAAUCAUGGGUCGUGAAGGGGAUAAAGAAGCAUUGUUGGGGAAGUUGUUAGGGAAUGAUGAAAAAAUGAGGAUAGUGUCCAUAGUUGGUAUGGGCGGGAUUGGAAAAACCACUCUUGCUAAAGUUUUGUACAACGAAGAGAAGGUGAAGGAUCACUUUGAACUCAGGGCUUGGGUUUGUGUCUCUGAAGAGUUGGAUGUACUUAAUAUUAGCAAGGUUAUAUUUCAAGCAGUAACUGGGAAAAACAGAGAUUUUGCUAAUCUUGAUCUGCUUCAUGUGGCCCUCAAAGAAAAACUUUUAAAGAAAAGGUUUCUACUUGUUCUAGAUGAUGUGUGGAAUGAAGAAAAAAGUAAGUGGGAACUCCUUCAAAGCCCUCUUGUAGGGGCACCUGGAAGUAAGAUUAUAGUCACAACCCGGAAUACAAGAGUUGCAUCGGUGGUGGACUCUGACGAAUCUUACUAUUUGGAGCUUUUGUCAAAUGAAGAUGCUAUAUCUUUGUUUGCUCAACAUUCGCUUGGUGAAAACAACUUUGAAAACCAUCCAACACUUCAAUUGCAUGGUGAAGGUAUUGUUAAGAAAUGUGGUAGAUUGCCUUUGGCUUUGAAAACACUUGGGAAUGUCUUAAAGGGAAAUAGAAAUGGUGAUGAAUGGGAGAAGUUGUUGAAUAGUGAGAUAUGGGAUAUACAGGAUGGAAGUGAGAUUCUUCCGGCUCUACGACUAAGCUACAAUCAUCUCCCUCCACAUUUAAAGCUGUUGUUUGCAUAUUGUUCCUUAUUUCCAAAAGACUAUGUGUUUGACAAAAAAGAAUUAGUCCUACUGUGGAUGGCAGAAGGAUUUUUGUUGCAACCAAAUCGCAACAAGUCAAUGGAGAUUCUAGGUCAUCAAUAUUUUGAAGAGCUAAAGUCGAGGUCAUUUUUUCAACCUUCAAUGAAUGAUGAUGUAAGAUAUACUAUGCAUGAUCUUAUAAAUGACUUGGCCACAAGUGUUGCAGGAGAGUUUGUGUUUAGAUUGGAUGAUGAGAUGGAUUCGUCCAACAAAAAAGGAACUUUUGAGAACUUUCGUCACUUUUCACUUGUAGGUCCACAAGGGGGAUCCUAUAGAAAGCUUAAAGAAUUACAAAGAGCUAGACGUUUACGAAGUUUCUUAACAAUGUCUCGGGUGGAUAAUUCUUUUUUUGAAUUACUUCCACUACUACAGUUCCUAAGGGUUCUAAGCCUAGCUAAUUACGUAAUCUCAGAGGUACCACAAUCCAUUGGUAGUCUCAAGCAUCUGAGGUACAUCAAUUUUUCUUAUACUACAAUCACAUAUAUACCAGAAGAAGUAAGUGACCUCUAUAAUCUACAAAGCUUGUUGGUUCAUGGUUGUUCAGAGUUAUAUGACUUGCCAAAAAGUUUCGCAAAGUUAAUAAACCUACGACAUCUCGACAUUAGUGGUACUCCAAAACUCAAGAAGAUGCCUUUAGGGAUUGGCGUAUUGACAAAUCUACAAACUCUACCCAAGGUCAUUAUUGAACCAGGUAAUGGGUUCAAAAUAUCCGAGCUUAAGAACCUUUCAGAUCUUCAAGGUCGAAUAUCGAUCAUGGGGCUAGACAAAGUGAUAAAUCCAAUACAAGCACAAGAUGCCAAUUUUCAUCAAAAGAAAGGUCUUGAUAUUUUGGAGAUGAUAUGGAGUGACGUGUUUGAUGAUUCUCGGAAUGAUAUGAAUGAAUAUGAAGUACUUAAACGGCUGAGACCUCAUCAUAAGUUAAGAAACCUCGAGAUUUUGUUCUACAAGGGAACACAAUUUCCUAGUUGGGUUGGCGAUCCCUCGUUUGAUCAGUUAACAGAGCUUACAUUACGGUGUUGUAGAAGUUUACAUUUACCAACACUUGGACAUCUAAGGUCACUUAGGAGAUUGUUUGUUGAAAGGAUGAAUGAGGUGAAGACAAUAGAUUUUGAGUUACUUUCACCUACAAAUUCUCUCGUUGGCAUUGCAUUUCCAUCUCUUGAAGUUUUGGAAUUUGAUGAUAUGCAAGGUUGGCAAAUAUGGUCAAGUAUUGGUGCUAGCGAUGAUGGAACUGCUAGAUCGUUUCCUUGUCUUCGUGAGAUUUCUAUAAAACGUUGCCCACUACUAGCUAAAGUAUCUAUUGGAUUUAUACCAUCGCUUCGGUUUUUACACAUAGACGAAUGUUGUGAAGGGGUGUUAAGAAGCAUGAUUGGUGUAUCUUCAUCACUUGUUGAAUUGGAAAUGUUGAAUGUAAAAGGAUUUACUCAACUACAUGGAGAAGAUUUAACGCGUCUUGGAGCAGUUGAGUAUCUAUUUUUUGAUGAAUGUGAUGAAUUGAGAUACUUGUGGGAACCAGAAUCGGAUGCAUACAAAAAUCUUGUGAGUUUAAAGAAGUUGGUGGUACAUAGUUGUUAUACACUAGAGAGUCUCAAUUGUCCAAACAGUGUUGAGAGGUUGGUGAUUAAUCGUUGUCAUUCAAUGACAUCCUUGAUCUUCUCGGUGAACGAGCUUCCAUCAUCUAUCAUUGAAACAAUCAUCUGUGAUUCUGAUAACACAGAACCUGUUCAAGAGAGAGGUUUUGGUGUUCUUCCUCCGUUAUGCCUAAGAUAUCUGGAUGUCCAUAACUGCAAGAAUCUAAAUUCAUUUCCUCAUGAUCGUUUGCAAAGUCUCACAUGUCUGGAAGAAUUGAGGAUACAUGGUUGUCCAAAUAUGGACUACUCCUUCCCUUCUGGUGUUUGGGCUCCUAAUUUAAGUAUCCUACGCAUAGGAGAUUUAAAGAAGCCCAUGUCAGAGUGGGGCCCACAGAAUUUCCCAACCUCACUAGUUGAACUACAGUUGUAUGGCCAUAACUCAGGGGUGGGUUCAUUUGCAGUGGAAAAAGAUGCAAAGAAUACUACCACUUCAUCAUUUCUUCUUCCACCAACUUUAGCAUCUCUAAUUGUCUUUGAUUUUAUAGAUGUGGAUUCACUUUCAGAGGUCGUACAACAACUCCCGUGUCUUAAAAGUCUUGAGAUUUUCUCAUGUCCAAAACUGAGUGAUGUUCAUGAGAUAGCAUCCUACCGAUCAUCUUUGACAGUAUCUGUGAUUCCAUAAAGAAAGACUUAUGUUGUAAACUUGCUCAUCAUUUUUUUCUGUUACACCAGGUCCUAAAAGUCCCGAUGUUUAUUGAACUACGAUUUCAGUUUUUUGUAACUUUUGCUGUUUAAAAAAUGAUCUUUGAACUAUUAGUAACUUUAAGACAUGUUUGUUUUGUUUGUUGA